CGGGAUGAGAUGAUUGUGAAGAGAGAAAUGUCGCAAGCUCUUCACUCUCUCGCCAAAGGCAUCAGGAGAGGAGAGGAGGAAAGUUACCACGAGCGUGAGGAAAGGAGGCGUCGCGAGGAGGAGGACAAGUAUAGAAGAGAGUUGCGGGGGGAGUCGUCUGAUCGGGCGAAGCGAGAGCUGCAUGUGCUGGCGAGGAGGAAGUCAGAGAGCAGAAGCGGAAGACGAGAGGAGCAUGAGACCGCAAGGUCUGCACGAUAUCAUGCGCCAGAGAUCCGAGACCCCUCCUUAUCCCACGGCGAGAUCUCACGGAUCUAUGGUCACUUUGCACGUAGCUGAUCGGAAGCGCAACAUGUGUGUGAAGGAGCAACUGUUUAAUGAGAUCCUUGUUGAUAUAGAAGACUUGCCUGUCUCUCUUCC